AUGAACGCACAGGACUUGUCGAGAACUGCCUGGGCCUUCGCAAAUGCUCGCAUCAAGCAUGAGAAGCUCAUGGAUGAAAUCUCUUGGGAGGCCGAUGCCUUGAACCUCUUCCUUGAAUCGAGCGAGGAAGGGUCGGGCCUGGCGGAUGAUGCGCUGGCCGCCUUGGCGGACAUGGAACGAGAAGCCGUCGCUGGCAAAGAGGAUCAGUUUGGUCAUUUGCCAAUCCGUGGCUGUCGGGUGACGAGAAGAGAUGGCUGCGGGUCGCUGCAGGUCAUCUUCGAGGGCGGAGAGAGCCCACCUCAUGUCGGCACCGUCUUGUCGAUGACUGGCCUGGAAGAGCUAGCGAAGUGCGAGAAGGUGCUGCAGGCUGGACUUGUCCUUCCGACCGGUGAGGUCCUGGCGCUUCAGACAGGCUGCAACCCGACCAGCUUUCUGCUGCAAGAGUUUGGCAUGCACGAACUGCGGGUCUGUAGCGGCAGUGCCCAAGAGGUUGAGCGCUGCUGGUUCAUGGUGAGCUCGCCCCUGGGAGAGUAUGGCGAAGCUCUUGAUUUGUUCAACGAUGCGUACGAUUGGGUCUGGGAUGGGGCCUGGACAUCUGACCUCGAAGACUCCAUUCUCAAUCUCUUAGUCGCUCUGGACGAACUUGCACUCGUGCUGUCAGGUGGGCUCAUGGCGCAGUCAUUGAUGUCCACCUUGUCAUCGCCAAAGAAGCGCAUGGAGAAGAAUUUGUCGAAGGCUUUGGAAUCACAGGACACCCUCGCUUUGGGCCGGGCGGUGGGUUGCGUACGGGCAUUCAUCCUUGGCCAGAGCCUGAUGGACAUGUUUGCCCCGGGCGAUCAUAGAUGCCCGCGAAAGAGCCUCCGGACUCGGCUUUGCCUGUCCGUGAACUGUAAACUUCAGGCAGCUUCAGUGUCGAAGCGCGAUGAGCUUCAGCAAGCCUUGCGGCGCCUGGUCCUUGCGGCAGAUGCCCACGUGGCUGACUUGUACAGUUCUGGUAAGGGUCAGGACUUCAUCAAGAGAUGGAGCGGUGGACUUCGCUCAGAGAUAUCUGCCAUGCUGGAGGGCUCAUCGAUGCACCCGUUACCGUUCCAGCAGAUGAGAGGAGGAGGUGGCGGCUAUGUUGCCGACAUGAUGGCCCUUUGGAUUUCGUGUUUGGGCCCCGGGGGCCAUGGCCGGGCGGAGACGACGGAAGCCAUGACCACUCUGCCACCUCAGGCCACAUUUUCCAUAGCCCAGUCGAAAAUGACGCGCUGGACUGAAAGCCUUGUUGACGAGCAGAUUUGCCGCCUGGAUGAACAAGUAUUGGCAGCCCCAUGGCGCCGUGCGAAAUACACUCCAGAGAGCGAUGGCUCUGAAACAUCUAAGCUGGUGGCCUUGCUUGAUCGGGUUCGUGCAUCGUUGCCACUGCACGCUCAACAGGACUUUCUACAGGACAAGCGACGGCGUGAUCGACUGAAGGAUGUCUGUCGUGUCGUGCGGGCUGCCCGGAAGAAGGGCCAGCGACUGAAGCUCUGCGACAGCUGGGUCGGCCCUGCUUUGGAGUCUGUUUGGGAUGUAAUGCAGAAGAUGAAGCGGGUGUUUGGUUUCGAGCUCUGGCUGCAUGAGGCCGGGCAAGAGCCCCAGUUGAUCGCAGCGGACUUCGGCCAUGCGCAUACCUUCGGCCGCGCUUACUACGUGGCCACGCGAUUCUUUGAUCGCAAACAUCGAACCCUGCAGCCGGGCUUCGUCUUGGCCUACGCAGAGGAGAUGCACCGGAGUGAAUAUCUGCUUCGUCUCCGGGAAAUCGCGCGAGCUGAGUAUGCGGCAAUUUCCGAGGAUCAAACGACAUCUACUCCAUCUUUCUCUGAGAGCCAGCAGAAGCCUUUGGCGGAUCUGGCUGCUGCACCGCCACCCGGGGGCGAGCGCGUUCCCGUGGGCGUGGUUUUCGAGGAUCUCUCGGAGGAUGAACUCUGGGGUGCUGCCGCCCUAAAGGCGGAGACCUUCACCUCCAAGUCAAGCAAAGCGCCCAAGGCUGAGACAAAAGCCAAGAAGCCCAAGAAGCAUCCAGAGACCUUGGAGGUCCCCGGCCCUGCAGCCGAAACGGCGAAGGCGACGAACGGGCUGAAAGAGAAGCUUCCCAGCCUCUCCGGAGAGCCAGUCGAGGCAAAGGAGAUGCAAGGGUACCAGCCAACUACACGGCCAGCGCAACCUGCCAAGGACGAUGCAAAGCAGCAAUUCUUGGCGGCUUUUCAGAAGCUCGUGUCAGAGGGCCUUUCCGAGACUGAGGCCGCCGCCAAAGCACUGCGACUAGUGCAUGGUUGA